UUUUUUGCUUCUUUCAGGAAAAGAGGAAUAGAAGUUGUUCAGCUUGACCUGAGUCAGCCGUUAGAGGAGCAGGGUCCCCUGGACGUCAUCAUUCACAAGCUAACAGACCUGAUCCUGGAAGCGGACCAGAAUGACACUCAGUCCCUGCUGCUGGUCCAGCGUGUGCAGGAUUAUAUUGAUGCUCACCCAGAGACCAUCAUUCUUGACCCACUUCCAGCCAUCCGAACUCUACUGGACCGCUGCAAAUCCUACCAGCUGGUGCACAGGAUAGAGGACUGCAUGAGAGAUGUGAGGAUCUGUUCUCCUCCAUUUAUGGUGCUGAACAGUGAGUGUGGCCCAGACACGCUGGAGCAGAUCAAGCAGCACGGUCUUACAUUCCCUUUCAUUUGCAAAACACGGGUUGCUCACGGAACUAACUCUCAUGAGAUGGCUAUAAUAUUCAACGCAGAGGACCUAAAGGACGUGAAGCCACCGUGUGUCAUUCAGAGUUUUAUAAACCACAAUGCCGUGCUCUAUAAAGUGUUCGUGGUGGGUGAGUCGCACACUGUGGUGGAGAGACCAUCACUCAAGAACUUCCCCUCUGGACCGUCUGACAGAAAAGCUAUUUUCUUCAAUAGCCACAAUGUGUCCAAGCCAGAGUCGUCCUCUGACCUCACAUCUAGGGAUAAUGUAGAAGGUGUUUCGCAGCCUCCGAAUGAUGGUGUCAUUAGGGAACUGUGUAAAUCUCUUCGGGAAUCUCUCGGCGUUUCGCUCUUCGGCAUCGACGUCAUCAUUAACAACCAGACGGGCCAACACGCAGUCAUUGACAUCAAUGCAUUCCCUGGAUAUGAGGGUGUCCCAGAGUUCUUCAGUGAUCUCCUGAACCACAUCAUCAGCAUCCUCCAAGACCACUCCUCCAGUGACCCCUCGGCCCCGCCCCCUCCCGGCCAGCUGCCCGCUUUAGGCGCAGGAGAGCGCAACUGCGCCCCGUCCCAGGAGUGCUGCGGCAUGCUCGGCAAAGAGUCAGACAGCAGCCCCUGGAUCGUGGAGGGCGACGGUGGUCUGAAAGGCCCGCGUCAGAGACUGGGCUGCAACACGGCCAUGUCCCCCAACUUCCAACAGCACUGCGUGUCCACAAUAGCCACUAAAGCCUCGUCACAAUGACUGCCGUCUCCCCACUGUCCCGCCAUCAUUCCCUGAACAAAUUGUGAAGACAAACUGAAUAAUAUACAAUAACAAUAAUAACAAUUAUACUGGUAAUAUAUCUGUAAUCAAAAAUAAACUAUAUUGGGAAUAAUCAUAAUGAUGUUGAUAAUGGGCAUUGGAUUCGGUCUCCUAUGCCUGUGUGUAGGUUUUAUUUUGAAAUUUUCUUUCUCUUCAGUCUAACAACUCAGUACUGUAAUGUGAACUGAAAAUCAGUUUUAAUUUGAAACACAGGGCAAAAUUAGUGGAUGUUAGUUCAUUGAACACACUAGGCAUGUUGGAUAUUUAAGCUGGAAAAGGUUCUGAAGUUUUUCUUUUGUUGCUGAUGGAAAAGACUAACGGAUAUCAGUGUUUUUAAUGACACUGAACACAAACACACAGAAUAAUCUAACAAACAGGACACCUAAAAUGUCUUUGUGCUCUGUAUUUAGUGGCAAUCCUAUAUUGUGAUGAUCCACAGUGUAUAUCGUUGUGCAGCGUCUACAAAGCUCUUGUGUGCCACUGUGUUUGAUCUUGUGACACUCCGUAAUCUUUUCAUAAUGCUCCAGAAGACUUUCAUCAUCCUUCCAUAAACAUUGUGGCACCUGACAUUUUUCAUGUGCAUUUCAAUGCGUCAUAUCAUAAGAAAACUGAACGAUGGAAGUUCCAGGUGAACUGUCGAGUAUCAUUAAUGUUUUGAUAGUUUUAUGAAAGUCGAAGAGGUUCUACUGUUCUUCUAAAAUUCUUCUAAAUUCAGUUUUUUUUGGGGGUCAGUGCUGCGUUUGGUUAGACGGUUGCAAGAGGAUAUUCUGACAUUCCCUGUAUGCGUGUGUUGUUUUUUUUAGCAGACGGUCCUUUAAAAGUUCAGAUGUUUUGUAAUAUGAUCCAGUUUUGAAAGUCAUAUUUAAGACUUUGCUUCAGGUUAGUACAGACCCUUGAAAUAUUUGAACAAACUGCAUAAGAUGGAUGUUAAUGUAUAUGUUGGGAGUAUUUAGUCUUGUUCUAAUUGCAAAGAAGAUUAAUUGCACAUCUCUUCUACAAAGGGUUCAACGCUUUGAUUCUUGGUUACCAUUCCUCGUUUAAAAGGAAAAUGGACAGAUUUGUAACAUAUUCUUCAUUCUAAAUGGAAUAAUCGCUAACUUGUUUGAAAAUCACUAAUGAAUACAAAGUAUUUGUUUUAUACAUCAUGUAGUUAGCGAAACGUUGCAUUUGGUUGCUGAUUUAAAUCGAUUGGUUUUGUAAAAUGCCAUGAGGCAGUUGAAGCACUAAUUAAUUUCGAAAUUGAUUUAGCACUAAUAUCAAUGUCAUUAAAACCAUCUGAACAAUUUAGCAGUACUUUAUACAUUAAUUAAAAGGUAAUAAAGCCAAAAAGUGAUUUGCAGCUUUUUAGGUUUUCUUUUGGUAAUGAAAGCCUUGGACAUCCCACAGCGUUUUUUGUACAAUUACAAAAAUGAGCAUCUUAUUUGUAUUCAUGCUUAUAAAAGAAACUUCGCCCACUUAGUGCCCAUAAAGUGACUUGGAUUACUCCUACACGUUUGAAGACCAACAGAAAACAGCUUGUUUUUGUUCACUGUGAGAGGAAUGAAUGUGUGGAGAUAUUUGACAAACAAUGUCUUAAUGUGGUAAACAAGAGCGGUGCGAAUGGACUGCUGUCAUCAGCAUCUGCUCCCGUUCUGUUCAGUUUAUAUGAAGUGAACAUUUAGUGCCACUCCACUGGCCCUUUGCACCUUAUGUUAAUGCUUUUCUUGUUCUGAUGGGGUCCAUUUUUUAAGAUGAAUAUUUUCAUAGGUAUACCAAACUGUUUAAUAUCCUUUUCUAUAGUAACUCACUCCAUUGUUAUGGAAUAUAAAUUAAGUGGUCAUUAACAUUUAGCCUCUUGCUUGCAAUAGGAAUUUAUGUCAAGAGUGUUGGAAUAUGUUUAUAUGAUUAAUGGGGAGUGUGUUCAGAUUAAGUUUGCAUUUUGUACAUCAUGAAAAAUGCUCCAAGUCUGAGUCGGUUGAGAGAAUGACAGCCUUCAACACAGCUUUAUCUUUUGUCUCUGUACUUUUGCCUUCAUUGUGCUAUCAAAUAGAAAAUCUCCUCACCUACUAAAUUUUCUGUCUCUAU